AUGGCACCGCAUGGCAGAGCAAACAGAUUGACAAUUGCUGAAGCAGCAUCCUUGAAACCAGAAGAUCCAGGAACAACCGUCAGCUGUGAGGAUGUUUUUGAACCUAGAAGAGACGAAGAAGUCAGAACGCUGGUGACCAAAGGUGCCGCGGGCAUUGGGAAAACAGUCUUGACACAGAAGUACACUUUGGACUGGGCUGAAGGUAAAGCCAACCACAACAUACAGUUUAUCUUCCCAUUCACCUUCCGAGAGCUCAACUUGCUGAAAUCUCAAAACAUCACCUUAGUGGGACUCAUUCAUCACUUCUUUCCUGAAAUCAGAAAAGCAGGAAUCUGUAGCUUUGAAGAGUUCCAGAUUAUGUUUAUCUUCGAUGGUCUGGAUGAACUUCAACCUCCUCUGGACUUCCACUACACUCCGGUUCUGACAGAUGCUACAGAACCCUCCUCAGUCCACACGAUACUCGUAAACCUCAUCAGAGGGAAGCUACUUCCCUCAGCUCGUCUCUGGAUAACCACGACCCGCGGCAGUCCAUCAGAUCCUAUUCAGUAUGUUGACAGUGAGACAGAAAUCAGAGGUUUCACAAACCAGCGGAAGGAAGAAUACUUCAGAAAGAGACUCCAAGACAAGGAACUGGCCAUUCUGGAUCAGGUCCUGAAAGAUAAAGAGAAAACAGAGCUGCCCAACACCCUGACUGAGUUGUAUAUCCAUUUCUUGGUUGUGCAGGUCAAACAGGACAAUGCCAAAAAAAUAUCAGGGAUAGUCCUUCAGUUGAGAAAAGCAUCCGGAUGUUUUCACUGGCUGAGUGAACUGAAUGACCAUUCCCUAGAGGAAGAGAUUCAACAGUACCUGAGUGGAGAAGUCCUGGAAAAAGACCUCACCUCUUCUCAGUGGUUGUUUAGCUGUAACCUGUCGCAGAGAAGCUGUAUAUUCCUGGUGCCAAUGCUAACCGCUGAGAACUCUUGCCUCAGAGAGUUGGACCUGAUUGACAAUGACCUGCAUGAUGAAGGAGUAGAUUUGCUUUCUUAUGGACUCAGGAGUCCAACGUGUAGACUGGAGGUUCUCAGGUGAGUAUUUGGAAGAUUGAGGAAAUAAACAAUAACAUUAUUGUUCCAUUCUUUGUAUUUUUAAUAAGAAAAUUUAAUACCACUGAAACAACUGAGAACUGGCCAUUUCCUAAGAUGAAAAGAGGCCGGUUUGCCUAUUAUCCAUCCGUCCAUCCAUCCAUCUAUCCUCCGUCUGUCCGUCCAACAUCGUCUUCUGCUUAUCCAAAUUUGGG